AACAUGUCUGAGCAAUCCGAGGCCGGCGGUCUGCCUGACGAAGCAGCGUUUAGUGCCUGCUCCGAUCCCGAUCCCAGCACGAAGGAUUUUAUUCUACAACAAACAAUGCUAAGAAUAAAGGAUCCUAAGAAGUCGCUUGAUUUUUAUACUCGAGUUCUUGGCAUGACGCUACUCCAGAAGUGUGACUUUCCUGCUAUGAAAUUCUCCCUCUAUUUCCUGGCUUACGAAGAUAAAAAUGAUAUUCCAAAAGAUGCCAAAGAGAAAACAGCUUGGACUUUUUCUAGGAAGGCCACACUGGAACUCACACACAACUGGGGUACAGAAAAUGAUGAGAACCAGGCUUACCACAAUGGCAAUUCAGACCCACGAGGAUUUGGUCACAUUGGAAUCGCUGUCCCUGAUGUAAAUGCAACUUGUAAAAGAUUUGAGGAGCUGGGAGUAAAAUUUGUCAAAAAACCAAAUGAUGGUAAAAUGAAAGGGCUGGCUUUUAUCCAGGAUCCUGAUGGCUAUUGGAUAGAAAUCCUGAAUCCGAAUCACAUGGUGACUCUUACCUAAGUUGGAAAUACUGCAAAGCGAUCUUUUAUCAAGAGAGACUGAAAAUACACAAAAAUGUUCUCCU